AUGCGUCACUCUCCUCUCCUCUUUGGAGCUUUGGGGCUCUCAGAUGUCUUCGUCAGCGCAGCUUCAACACUUCUCUCUGGCGGUACCAUCAUUGCCUGGGACGACGACUCGAAUUAUCUCGAGGUCGUCCGAGAUGGUUCCCUCUUGAUCACCGAUGAUCGGAUCGUUUCUGUCAACAAGGACCCCCGGCCUUCCCAGCUGCCCAACGGAACCACAGUCGUUGACGUCUCUGGCCAGAUCGUGACCCCUGGAUUUGUCGACACGCAUCGCCAUGGGUGGCAGACGGUCUACAAGACCAUUGCUUCAAAUGUGUCGCUGGCUGAGUACUUCAACCGCUAUGGCGAGUUUUUCGCGGCCGACAAGUUCACGGCCGAGGACGUCUACAUCAGCCAGCUUGCCGGCCUCUACGAAGCCAUGAAUACCGGAGUGACGACACUUCUCGACCAUGCUUCGCAUACCUGGUCUAAUGACACCUCUUACGCAGGCCUCAACGCCUCGGUCGACAGUGGAGCCAGAGUCUUUUGGUCGUUUGCCUUCCACAACAUCACAUCUCUGAACUACACUAUUUCCGAGCAGAUACCUCUGUUUCGAGAAAUGGCCGAGAACAAAAAGGAGCUUCUGCGAGAGUCCCCCACCGAGCUGGGUAUAGCCUAUGACUCCUGGGGGCCAAACACGUCCGUCGGCGACGCUCAGGAGAUUGCCGCUCUCGUCAAGGAGUACAACGUUUCCGUCAUGACUACGCACUCUCUAGCUGGGCCUUGGGGCAUCAGCAACCUUCCCACCAAUGUCCAGCAAUUCGGUAUUCUCAAUGGAACGACCCCCAUCGUCUUCUCUCACGCCAGCUUCAUCACCGCCGAUGACGUCUCGCUCCUCCGCUCCACCAACCAGUACGUCUCCAUCACCGCCGAAUCAGAGAUGCAGUACGGACACGGUCACCCUCACUCCUACGACUACCAAGACCAAACUGCUCUCGGCAUCGACACUCACUUCACUUACUCCGCCGAUAUCCUCACCCAAGCGCGCUUGUGGCUGCAGUCCACCAGGCUGCACUACUACGAGCAGGUCUUGGACAACUGGAAGGUCCCGACCUACUCUCCCAUGACUGUCAACCAGGCUUUCAUUCUGGCUACUCGAUCCGGAGGCCUAGCUCUGCGCCGCAACGAUCUUGGUGUCAUCAAGGCCGGCGCCAAAGCCGAUGUGGUCGUCUGGGAUGCCGAGAACUCCCCCUCCAUGCUGGGAUGGCAGGAUCCUGUUGCUGCCGUCAUCAUGCACGCCAGUGUCGGUGAUGUUCUGCACGUUCUGGUUAACGGGAAGUUUGUCAAGAAGGAUGGCAAGCUUGUGAGCGAUGAGUACCCUACCAUCCGCAAGAACUUCUUGAAGGCGGCCAAGAGGAUCCAGGACAUCUGGAAAUCACUCCCCUAUCCGUCUUACGACGUUCCUUACCCCAGCAGUGGCUAUAGCUACGGAACACCUGAGACUGUUGAUGUACAGAGAGGAAACGACACUGGAUAUGGUACACUGUUCUUGAUCUAA